GUUGAAUGCUGAACGGUGAUUCAGUGAUUUUGUUCGUUCUCCUUUAUCUAUCGCGUUUAUAAUUAAUUUUCCUCAAAAGAAUUCUACCGUCUGUGGGGAACGGACAACACUCUUUACUCCCUAUUGUUAAUUACGUCGUUCCUACAAUUUAAAAAGUUUUAAUUGUCUUUAUUAUAUUCUAGAGUACUUAAGGUUCACGAUGAGAGGUUUGGUAGUACUGAUGUGCGUGGUGGCCGCGGCCAGCGCUGUCUCAUUCUUCGACCUGGUCAAGGAAGAAUGGAAUGCUUUUAAGAUGGAGCAUCAGAAACAAUACGAUAGCGAAGUAGAGGAUAAGUUCAGGAUGAAGAUAUACGCAGAGAACAAGCACAAGAUAGCCAAGCACAACCAGAAGUUCGCGCGAGGUCAGGUCCCGUUCAGAGUGAAGCAGAACAAGUAUGGAGACAUGUUGCACCAUGAGUUCGUACACACCAUGAACGGAUUCAAUAAGACAACUAAAAACGGCAAAGGCCUGUUCGGCAAGAGCGCGGGCGAGCGCGGCGCAACCUUCAUCCCGCCAGCGAACGUGCGUGUGCCCGACCAUGUGGAUUGGCGCAAACACGGUGCAGUCACUGAAGUCAAGGACCAGGGCAAAUGCGGUUCAUGCUGGUCUUUCAGCGCGACGGGCGCAUUGGAGGGUCAGCACUACCGCCAUACCAACAUCCUGGUCUCCCUAUCGGAGCAGAACUUGAUCGACUGUUCCACGGCGUACGGGAACAAUGGCUGCAACGGUGGUCUUAUGGACAACGCCUUUAAAUACAUUAAGGAUAAUAAAGGAAUUGAUACUGAGAAGAGUUACCCGUAUGAGGCUGUUGAUGAUAAAUGCAGAUACAACCCUAGGAACUCCGGCGCUGACGAUGUGGGCUUCAUCGACAUCCCGUCAGGAGACGAGGGCAAGCUGAUGGCGGCGGUGGCCACGGUCGGCCCUGUCUCCGUCGCCAUCGACGCCUCGCAGGAGACCUUCCAGUUCUACUCCGACGGCGUCUACUUCGAUGAGAACUGCUCCUCCACAUCCCUCGACCAUGGCGUGCUGGUGGUGGGUUACGGCACUGACGAGAACGGCGGCGACUACUGGCUCGUGAAGAACUCCUGGGGCCGCUCCUGGGGAGACCUCGGAUAUAUUAAAAUGGCGCGCAACCGCGACAACCACUGUGGUAUCGCCACCGCCGCUUCUUUCCCCCUCGUGUAAACACCACACCCACAACCCCACAUCCCACUACAUCCCCUAUGAACCAAAUGUCAAAGUAGUAUCGAAAUAAUCUCAAACGCCGCUAAAUCUAUUUAGUCAAAACUAUAUUUUUUAAUCUUUAAUCAAAUAUUUGACAAUUAUUUCCAACUUGUUACUGUAUUUUUUCAAAUGUCCCCCUUUAUAAAAGAAAAUAGUUUUUUAAAAACCCAAAGAACCCACUUAUCUAGUAAUAAUCACUAGUACAAUUGUCUCAGAAAAACUUAUUUGAUUAAGGGUUAAUUUUACAGUUAAAGGUAAAGAAUUACUUACGUACAGUUUUACAAAAUAACUUAGACUUAAAUUAACUCUAACGAAGUUAUGUUUUGAGCAAUUUUUUUGUCCGUGCCCACUGCGUCCAAGAAUUGACAAAAAAUGUCAAAUAUUUGUGACAGCCAAUCAGAUGGCUGCAAUUUUGACAGUAGCUUGACAGUUCUGGUUCAAUAUUCCCCUUUCACCUAAGAAGCAUGCUUGUUUACCCGAUUUAUAUGAUUUUCUUUAAUUAUUCAUAUAAUACCAAUAAAGAGACCAAAAUAUUUUUUUUCGAGAUAUUAUUAUAAGAGAAAGAUAUAAUUUAAGAUGAAAUGCUACGACAUACUAAAGUACAUACAAAUCACAAUUUAGUUUUAAUUAUUUUGGUUUGUGUUGUUUAUUUUUAAUAGAAAAUAACUGAAAUAUCAGUGAUUUUUAGUUAGAAAAUUCUGUAUAAGUCGUAGAUUUGAAUUUAGAAUAAUUAAUAUGAAAAAAAAUUGUAAUUAUUUUAUUAUUGACUAUUAUGUGUUAAGCAAUAAAAAAAUCUCAAAAAUAAUUAAAAAUUAAACCAUGACACUCGUAUCUAACAUUCCGUAUUAAAGUAUUUAGUUGAGAUGAGGUAAAAAAUGUAGUUUUUCGGCAUUUCAAUGACUUUGUGAUAAAAAUAAGAUUCGGAUGUUAUGUAAGAUAUAAAUAAUAAAGAUGUGUUAAUUA